AACAAUAAACAACAACGGCAUGUCAAAACAUUAUUUCCUCGUAACCUACUGGUCUACUGAAACAAGUUCCUGUUAAAUCUGAUUCCAUGUGUAUUGAGGACGGCAGUGACAGCAUGUCAGCCAGUUUACCAACUUGCCAGUGUGGGGUUACUGGUGAUUGUCCACAAUCGUUGACCACGAUGUACAGGGCUCUCCUGGUGUACAUCGGUCUGUGUUUUGUAGCUGCCGCUGUCCUGGGUGUAUGGGUCAUCAGAGACACCAGUUUAGCCAAGAGAAUUCCAUUCCUCUAUCGAAAAACUGUUCGUGGAGACGCUGGGUUCGAAUUAACGGAUGGAGGUCGCUGUACAAGCGAGAACAACGCGCCCGAGACAGGGUUGGUUGUCUCGAAUGAUGCAGUAAUCGAAGGAGGAAGUUCGAGCGACACAAAGUAGUGAUUAUCAUAUCUCAGUAACUGAUUAGUUGCAGAUCCUAGGUGGGUUAUUAUUCUGUUCUAGUGACACUUUUUUCAACAACGAAAAUAUUUAAUUAUAGGUAGAGCCUGUAGUGUUAAAAGCCAUGAUAUUUUUAACCUUCUGAGAUGUACAAGACAUUUUAUCUAAUGCCAAACCGUGUAUAAUACGGCUUGAAGGAAAUAAAAUGUUUAAAAAAUAA